AUGGCGCUUCGAACGCUUUUUCUGACGGUCGCAAAUCUUCUGAUCCCAGUCGCGAUACUGGUCUUCGCAACUGGCUUCUUUCCUUACAAACCGUUUAUGCCGGGUCUUGCCCAGUAUGAAGACCUUGGGUUCUCUGAAAAGCUGGGCAAGGACUGGCAAAAGCCGCCUACCCCGCCGUUCGACAAAGUUGUCUUCAUGGUGGUUGACGCGCUGAGAAGCGACUUCGUGUACGGCGAGGAGAGCGGCAUGUCCUUCGUGCAAAGUCUAAUACGCGACGGAACCGCACUACCAUUCACGGCGCACGCAACUUCUCCUACAAUUACCAUGCCACGUGUAAAGGCCAUUACCACAGGCUCUAUUCCCUCCUUCGUAGACGUAAUCCUUAACUUUGCCGAGUCAGACACCACGUCGACCCUCGCGACGCAGGAUACAUGGCUCGCGCAGAUCAAAGCAAAGGACUUUGAAAAUGGCAAAGGGAAGCUGGUCAUGUACGGCGAUGAUACCUGGCUGAAGCUCUUUCCCAAUGUCUUCGAGCGCGCAGACGGAACGAGCAGCUUUUUUGUCUCGGAUUUCACAGAGGUUGACAAUAAUGUGACGAGGCAUGUUCCAAAUGAGUUGCUUAACAGUGACUGGAAUGCAAUGAUUAUGCAUUACCUCGGUUUGGAUCAUAUUGGGCACAAGGCUGGUCCAAAGAGCCCCAACAUGGUUCCCAAACAAGUUGAAAUGGAUGAAAUCGUUCGCGACAUUUACUCGGCUAUCGAAAACGAGGACCAUCUUUCCGAUACAUUGUUCGUUCUUUGUGGCGACCAUGGCAUGAAUGACGGCGGCAAUCAUGGUGGCUCCUCUCCUGGCGAGACAUCUUCAGCACUAGUCUUUAUGAGCCCAAAACUCACCAAGAUUACCAAUCCUGCUAACAGAAAGAGUCCAAUCAAACCAAAGACCGAAGGCGAGUUUGAAUACUACCGCAUGGUUGAGCAGAGCGAUAUCGCUCCAACACUUGCGAGCUUGCUUGGAUUUCCGGUCCCCCAAAACAACCUCGGUGUUGUCCUUAAGGAUUUCCUUCCCUUCUGGGAUGCGCCUCUGGAUCGCAUCCAGCUUCUCUACCGCAAUGCGAAGCAGAUGAAGAAGAUUGUGGCAGCCAAAUACACCAGCCUGAAGUUCGAGGACUCUUUCAUAAAGUCAGAUCACGCCCCAGAGUGCGCCGAAGGAUAUGAUGCAAAUGAUGGUCAAAAGCUGGCUUGUCUCUGGCGAGCGAUUAUUGCUUCAUUGGCAGACGGAAAUGAUGAUGUUACAAGCUUUUACAAGUUCAUGCACCUGGCUCAAGAAACCAUGUCCAGCACAGCCUCCAACUACAAUCUGCCACGCCUCUUCAUCGGCACAGGCCUAGCUUUCCUCAUAUGCGUAUUAUCCUUCUUCACUCUUCCUUCCUUCCGACCCGUCACACCAGCCGGCAUCUACUUUGGUCUAUCUCUCGCUCUCUACGCCAUCCUCAUGUUCGCAUCCUCCUACGUGGAAGAAGAGCACAACUUCUGGUACUGGGCCACAUCAGGCUGGUUCUUCUGCCUUUUCCUGCAGAACAUGCGCAAGGAAUGGUAUAGCCAGUGGAUAUUCCAUCCCGCUAUCAUGGCCCUGGCCGUACACCGCAUUAUACGGAGAUGGAACCAGACUGGCCAAAAGUAUGCUGGCGCGGAUGAUAUUGUGAAUAGCGGCCUGUUUCAUGGGAGAUACUCUGCUAUCCUGUGGAUAUUCAUCGGAGUCACGUAUCUGGAUCUUACGAUUCGGCUAGCCAGGCACGUCGCACGUUCUGUUGCAACGUUUGAUUCUGACCAGAAGGCUCGUGCCGUUGAGCUUGAAUCGACGGAUCAGCACCGCCUGCUCGGUACAAUUGCUGUAUUACCGUUGUGUGGAACGGCAUUCGUUUUCAAGCUUGCCUUCACUGCAAAGGACGCCCCGGAGAUGACAAGCGGCAUCAACGCAGACUUGAUGGCGAAGAUUGAAACAUUGGAACUUGUCGGUCUCGCUCGCAUGGUCUUUGGUGGUAUUCUUCUGAGUGGAGUCUGGAUCGCAUUUGCCGAGUGGACACGGUCGAACAGGAGAAAGGCGCGUGGGAGACAGGGUAACGGCGAUCUCGCCGUCGCCUUCUUCGACCUAACAACCCUCUUCCUCCUCACCCAAACAAAAGCCGAAGAUAUACCCCUCUACUUCCUCUUCCGCCUCCAAAAUCUCUUCCUCUCCCUCCUCACCCUAACCCCAACCGCCACAACCCUAACCACCCUCCUCCUCUCCCAAACCUCCUUCUUCGCCCUCGCAAACUCAAACUCCAUCUCCUCCAUCUCCCUCUCAAACUCUUACAACGGAAUCUCAACCUACAACAUCCUCGCCGUCGGCCUCCUCGUCUUCGCCUCAAACUGGGCCGGUCCCAUCUACUGGUCGCUAGCCGGUUUGCUGCUGCUAGGUCACCACGGCGGCACCCAGCGCUUCGUGGAUACGCGCGAGAUGCAUGUUGCGGAUUGGGUGGCGAAAGAGCGGGAGUGGUUGGCAAUAACCUCUCAAUAG